GUCCGCGAUACGACAGCGCUACACGUAUAUAUAUAUAUUUUAAAGCAAUUUUAAAUUCAGUCAAGGACAACAAGUUCAAGUGGAUAAAAUCUGUGCUCGCGCCAGUUUUUUUUUUAAUUUAGAGAGUGCCAGUACUUUUGAAAGUGCAACCUCUUUGAUGUUUGCUUUUUAUGUUUAUAAUCUGUGCCUCUAGUGAUGUGCAUAUGUAUGUGUCGUUGCGGAUUUUCUAUCGAUUUGUUCCGGUUCGUGGAAAUACGAGCGUCGACUUCAUUUAUUUAAUAAUACUUCAGUAUUAGUAGUUUAAACUAAUCUAAUGGCGACUACUGGUAUCUUGAAGAAUACGACAAGAGAAGAGAAUGUACCACUUCAGAAGAGACACUCUAUUAUAUCUGGGAAAAGUGAUUUCUGGUCAUCUUCUGACGAGGAAGAAGGAGUACAGCCUCAUGAGAAGGCGAUUGCUGCCGGCCAACCCAACCCGCCUUACUGCGUUCGUAAUGUUGAACAGCACGCCUUCGGUAGGAGAGAGAUAGAGAUAGCGGAACAAGAGAUGCCCGGCAUCAUGGCGUUGAGAGCACGCGCUAAAGAUGACAAGCCUCUUAAAGACGCGAAGAUAGUGGGAUGCACACAUAUAAAUGCACAGACAGCGGUGCUGAUAGAGACGUUGACGGCGCUGGGCGCGACUGUCCGCUGGGCGGCUUGUAACAUAUACAGCACGCAGAACGAGGUGGCGGCGGCGCUUGCACAUGCUGGUUUUGCGAUAUUCGCAUGGCGUGGUCAAAGUGAGGAGGCGUUCUGGUGGUGCAUCGACCAGUGCUGUACGCCCACCCCCACCUGGCAGCCCAACAUGAUUCUUGAUGAUGGAGGAGAUGCGACGCAUCUCAUGCUCAAGAAACACGCGCCAGCUUUCAAACAGAUCAAAGGUAUAGUGGAGGAGAGUGUGACCGGCGUGCACCGGCUGUACCAGCUGAGCAAGGCGGGCAAGUUGUGUGUGCCCGCCAUGAACGUCAACGAUUCCGUCACCAAGACUAAGUUUGACAACCUCUAUUCUUGCAGGGAGAGUAUAAUAGACGCAUUAAAGCGUAGCACGGACCUAAUGUUCGGCGGCAAGCAGUCGGUAGUGUGCGGGUACGGGGAAGUCGGCAAGGGAUGCUGCCAGGCACUUAAAGCACUAGGAUGCGUGGUAUACGUGACAGAAAUCGACCCUAUCUGUGCUCUGCAAGCGGCAAUGGACGGCUUUAGAGUUGUGAAGCUAACAGAGGUGAUAAGGCAGGUGGACAUCGUGAUAACGGCGACUGGCAACAAGGGCGUGGUGACGCGCGACCACAUGGAGCGCAUGAAGAACGGCUGCGUCGUCUGCAACAUGGGGCACAGCAACACCGAGGUGGAUGUGCACGCGCUGCGCACACCGGACCUGCUGUGGGAGCGCGUGCGAAGCCAGGUGGACCACAUAAUCUGGCCUAACGGCAAGCGUAUAGUGCUGCUAGCCGAGGGCAGAUUGGCCAACUUGUGCUGUUCUUCGUUACCGUCCUUCGUGGUAUCGGUGACGGCGGCAACACAGGCACUAGCCCUUAUAGAGUUGUACAAUGCGCCGCAACAUAGGUAUAAGGCGGACGUAUACUUGUUGCCGAAGAAAAUGGACGAAUACGUAGCGAGUCUGCAUUUACCGACCUUUGACGCACAUUUGACGGAGCUGACGGACGAGCAGGCGAAGUACUUAGGGCUGAAUAAGGUGGGACCCUUCAAGCCCAACUACUACAGGUACUAGCAGAGAUGUACGCGCUAUAAACGCCGAGCGAAGAAAUAGGGCAUUGUAAUUGAUAAUUGGGGAUUGUAAUUUAUUGUUUGUUUUGUCAAGAUUGUGGAUGGAUGGAUGGAGGUAAUGAAGUUAUGGAUUGAGUGUAUAUGUGUUUGUGAAUUCAGAUAUGAUUGGUAGAUAUGUAUGAGAGAUUUUUAAUAGUCAAAGUCAAGACAAUUUUGUCAAUACUUGAACAGUACUAAUCUGCAAUUUUAACGCAGUGCCCUUUUUUUUUGCCGCUAAGUGUACACGCAGGUGUGAAAUUAAAUAAAAAAAAGUAUUUUAAAAAUCAGUUCCUUACGAAUUGACGCCAUGGAAUCGAUUAAAUAUUAAGACUGUCGAUAAUAGUGAUGUGUUUAGUUGCAGUAGAUUACGAUGAUCGAUAUUUGUUGAAAUCGAUUGGUUUUCCAGAUUAGAUAUAAAUUUACCCAAAUUAGUUGACCAUAAAACAUAAAUUAUAUAAAUGUAAUUAUUAAAAAUUUAUUUGUGUAUAAAUAACAUAUAAUAUUUUUAUUUAUAAUAUAUCUUUAAAUAACUGUAAUAUGUAAUCUUAUAUAAUUUAUAACACGGUUAAAACUCACAUAGGAACUUUCAGUGUAGGCACCGAACAGUUUCAGACCCGUCGGGGGUCCAUCUUCUAGUGACCGUCGCGACGCGAUAGCGAAUGAAGCCGCUAACCUGAAGGACCUCCGACGGGUCUAAAUCUGGUCGGUGUCUACACCGAAAGGUUCCACGAGAGUUUUAGUCGUGUUAUAAAUUGUAAUAAGUUAAUAUUAGGGUUGUAACGGAGGCCAUUUUAACGGAAGCGGAUGCGGAGGCGAAGGGCUUCACUGCAGAAGCGGAGGUCAAUAAUAAAAUAUUAACUGUGAUUUAUUAAAGAAAUUAAUAGUAAAACUACGUUAAUCAAAAUACAGAUUGGUACAAGAUACAGUUUAUUAUGCAUAUAUAAUGUAUAAAAAUUAAAGUUAGUUGACAUAGUACGCCUGCGCGACCCGCAUUAACGAUAAUCGACCCAUUCGAGUUAAAGAUAUAAAUUAACCUCCGUUAUAACUCCGCAUAAGAAAUAACGGAAGCGGAAGCGGAUGCGGAGUCAAUAUUUCUUGCGGAAGUUCCGCACUUGCGGAAGCGGAAGCGGAGUUCCGUCACAACCCUAGUUAAUAUGUAGUAUUAAUUUAAUAUACAGAUUUGGUUAUCAUAUAUUUAUUUCUGUUAUCUGAUUUAACAAAUUCUCUACAAAAAUAUCGCUCAGAUCUUUGCUUAUCGCAAGCAAUUUUAAAUUCCUUAAUAUUUAAUUAUAUUGGUUUAUACUAUUUCUAUUUUAACUGUACUUAAAUAUUCCAAAUGAUAUUAAAUUCAGACUUCAAAAAUUAUCGAUAGAUUUUCCCAUCACUAUUAUAACCAUGUAUUUACUUAUAUUGCUACAU